UGGCAACACUGUAGAGAGUCUUGGUGAUCUUGACAUAUAAAAUCUCGAAAGUCAAAACAUAACCUAAGUUUUUCGGAAAGAUUUUUGUUUUUUUAAUCAUUUUCGUAUAAUGGACAAUAAUAGCUCAUCAGGAAAAGAAAAAUAUGUGUACUUGGACUUUAAUGGAAAAAUUGACGGCGAUGUCCUUAAAAAACAAUUCUUCUUUUGUAUGGCAAAUUUAGAUAAAACGAAUCCUUUGGUUCAAGUGAACGAUUUUCUUUUCAAAGGUACAUAUGAUCAUGCAAUAGGAACUAAUCUGUUCUUUGAUACUGAAGAUAACACCGAGGUAGGUGAUGCAUUCCAUAAAGUUGCUUCUAUCAAAGCUAAAUUGAUCGUGAAACAAACCGAAGUAUUAAACUUGAAGCCAGUGAAAGUUUCCCCAAGGAAAAUAGAGCUUGAACAUGAUCUUAGAAGUCUAACUUACAACUUUGAAUGGGACUACAAAACAUUACUAGACAAACUUGAGAAUGGUACUUUAAGGUUACAAGAUAUCAUAACAACUGAAGUUCCUUUGGAAAAAGAAUCCACUGAAUUAGAAACAGUCAAGUACAAUAAAAACAAAUGAGGAUGAAAAACUACCAGGAGACAUAGAUGUUGAGGAUGUAGUGAAAUCUCUAGAAAUUGAACAGCCUAAAGUGACAGAAUUGGAUGUCACACAUGUUCCUGAGCAAACUGAUAGAAAGAGGGAGAGAGAGCUACAAAAGGGAAAGAAGGUUAAUAUUUUGGACGCAGAGUAUCAGACCUUGAAGGUUUUAGCUGGAAGACCAACAAGGAGGACAGUACAAGAUGAAUUAGUUGAUAACUGUGACUCCAAGUACAGAGAGGCAUAUGAGUAUCACAAUAUAGAGAAACAGAUCUUACAACCCUGUGACGCAUUCAAGACCGAACCUGUGAAAAACAUAGAUGAAGAAACAUUAUCUGAUUGCGUGGACAUAGGUCGUUGUGUGUUCCACUCCAUUUUAUCGCCAUCUUCAGACUUUCCAAGAAAAUUAACCUUAGAGGAACGCAAAAAGGUGCUGAGAUUGGAUAACUUUGAUAACCUGUCCCUAUGUGCUAGAUAUUGCGUCAUCAAGCAAGAGGUAGACCUAUUGGAGGAGAUAAUUGACAAUAUGCCGGAUAAUGAGUUGGCUUUGAAAGAUGAAUUUGGUAGAACGCCUAAGGAAACAUUGGAUGUUUACAGGAAACUGAAACAAGCCUUACAGCGGCGGAUUGAAGAAAUCAAAUACGCAAACCAAAACUGAUGGUUAAUUCUGUGGAUUAUAAGAAUGAAAGUUGUGAUAUGUUAUAAUAAAUUUUUUUAUACUUUUUAAACCUGUUAUAUUAUAUUUUAUCAUAUUAUUUUAAUUAUCAUUUUAAUGAUUUGAUAUUUGUUGUUGAAAGGCCAAUUUUCCAGUACAUAUUAAGUCACCCUGUAUAAUGUGUGUUCUACAUUU